CUGCUGCUCUCCGCACGCAACGAAACGAUCUCCAUUUGUCAACAUUUGACAUCAUCUCCGAGUAUUUUCCAGUGAGCAUCAUCUACUAGUAUUCUCCCGCGACCGACUUGACUUUCACCUCAGCACUUACAAUACAGUCAAACAAGCUUACAAUGCUUCAACGAACACUAAGGACACCCGCCCUUCGAGGCGCUCUCGCAGCACUCUCUCCCCGCGCCACAUCCAACACCCUUCUUCCUCGAAUCACCUCUUCUCUCGGGCAGACAAGACUCCUCUCAAGUGAAGUGCGCAGCGCAAUCGACAAAGCCGUAGGCUCAGCGCCCGUAGUUCUCUUCAUGAAAGGCACCCCCGAAACGCCGCAAUGUGGAUUCAGCCGGACAUCAAUCCAGAUCCUCGGUCUUCAAGGCGUGGACCCAAGCAAAUUCACAGCCUUCAACGUCCUCGAAGAUGAAGAGCUAAGAACUGGAAUUAAAGAAUACUCCGACUGGCCGACAAUCCCUCAAUUAUACGUCGACAAGGAGUUCGUCGGCGGAUGCGACAUCCUGAUCAACAUGCACAAAGACGGCAGUCUGGCAGACUUACUCGCGCAGAAGAAAGUCAUCAUCGAAGACGAUUCGAACCCGGAAUCAGACACCGAAGGCCAACAAGCUCAAGAGACACGCGCGACCACGGAGCAGAGCACAGGUGGUCGAUCCAAGGACGCAAAGGGUGAAAGCUCGUAAUCUGCACCAGAAUAUGAGGGCCAAAAGGCUCGGGACACACGCGCGACCACCGAGCAGAGCACAAGCGGUCGGUCCAAAGAUGCAAAGGGCGAGACCUCGUAGUCACCUUGUCAAGAAGGAUCGCAAAGGGAGCUAGAAGUGUGUCA